UUACUUACCUAAAAAAAAUGCUUUUUUUUAAUUAAAAACUCGUGUGAUAUCCGCAGAAAUUUGAUAUCCGCAGCGGAGGCCGGAGUGACAGAGAGGGAGAGCAGUGAGAAAGACGAUGGUGCGGAACAAUAACAGCGACAGCGACGACGACGAAACAUUCUAUUACCGGUAUCCCUCUUCUUCAAAUCCUGCCGCCACAUCCACCGCCGUAACAGACUCUAAACCCCACAGAAACAAACCCAAAGGCGGCGGAGGAGGAUCGGGAGGCCUCGCUCCCUCCAAGUCGACCCUCUACGUGUCGAACCUCGACUACGCGCUCACAAACUCCGAUCUACACACGCUCUUCUCCACCUUCGGCAAGGUCGCGCGCGUCACCGUCCUCAAGGACCGCGCCACGCGCAUCAGCAGGGGCGUGGCCUUCAUCCAGUUCGUCUCCGCCGCCGACGCCCUCUCCGCGUCGCGUCAGAUGCACGGGAAGGUCCUCAACGGGCGCACCGUCUCCGCCUCCAUCGCCUCCGACAACGGACGAGCCCCGGAGUUCAUCCGGAAGCGCGAGUACAAGGACAAGUCCCGGUGCUACGAGUGCGGGGAGGGGGGACACCUGUCCUACGAGUGCCCCAAGAACCAGUUGGGCCCCCGGGAGCGGCCCGUGCCCAAAAGGCCUCGGGGCGGUGCCGCCCAAGUGAAGGAGGUGGGUUUAGAUGAUGAAGAUGCUCCGGCGUUUGACGAUGAUAAUUGGGCGUCGGUGGUGGACAGUGGGGCGGACCAACGGUUGUUGACGAUGGACGAGACCGAUGGGGAUCUAAAGAAGACGAAGAAGGCCAAGAAAACGAGCUAUUUUAGUGAUGAGAGCGGUGAUGAGGAUGAGUGACAAUUUAGGGUUUUGAUUGUAUUUAUUUGGGUAGUUUUUAAUGUAAGAUUUUUGUUUGAAGAUCAAUUUCAUCAAUCUUCUUCUUUUUGGUUCUA